GAAAGCGCAGGAGAAGAAAAAGAAGAGGGAAUAAGAGAAACAUCAAGGCAUUUCGCUUUCGGUUCGUCAGGGAAAAAAAAAAGAAAAAAGAAAAAGGAAAAAAAUGGCGGACUCGCCGCUGUUCUGGAAAGAUCGCCAUAUCAAAUAUUUCCUUCGCUGUCUCAAAACCCUGCUGCCCCACCAAUAUACCCCCAAUGACUCCAACCGCAUGACCCUGGGCUUCUUUAUCGUCGGCGGGCUCGAUCUCCUUGGCUUCUUGCACGCAAGUCUGUCUGAAUCUGAGCGACGGGCCUAUGCCAAUUGGGUCUAUCACUGCCAGCUCUCCUCGGGGGGGUUUAGAGGCUUCACCGGCACCAAGUUUGGGGAUGAUGACCAGAGGACGGCUGCAAACGAGGCGUGGGAUCCAGCUAAUUUGCCGGCUACUUUCUUCGCGCUGGUCACCCUGCUAAUCCUUGGUGAUGACCUGACGCGCGUAAGGAGAAAAGAGUGCUUGCGUUGGCUACGCACAAUGCAGCGCGAGGAUGGGAGCUUUGGGGAGGUACUGGGCGCUAACGGGCAGAUAGAAGGAGGCAGCGAUCUACGAUUUUGCUGCUGUGCAGCUGGCAUUCGAUACAUGCUCCGGGGAAAGGACGCUGAGUACCUGAAGGACGUCGACGAUAUUGAUAUCCGGAGGCUGGCUACUUAUGUCGAGAAAUGUCAGUCGUAUGACGGUGGAUUUGCGCAAGCUCCUUGGUUGGAGGCCCACGCUGGGCUGACUUACUGCGCCCUUGGUACAUUAUCAUUUCUUGACGGCAUCCCGAAAGAAAAGACCGGCGAUAUCAUACCAGAUCUGAAUAUUGCAGCAUGCACUCCAGGCUCCGCGGAGUUUGAAUCCCUAAUAGAGUGGCUUGCUUUUCGACAGACCAACGUAAUACAGGAGGAUAAUGAAUCCGACGACGAAGAGGAUGGCGAUACCGCUGGUAGAGAGGAACUGGACCUACCGGCAUCAACCACCCGACGACCCUCGCUCGCGAAAGGCGCUGCAUUCUCCAUCGAAGAGCAAAUAUCAUCCUUACCCGUACUCCUGGCGGCAUCCCACUGGCCCAGUGAACAGCAAAAUUGCGCAGGUUUCAACGGAAGAACCAACAAAAUCGCCGACACCUGCUAUUGUUUUUGGGUGACUGGCUCGUUGGCGAUUCUUAACCGCCUCAACGUCAUCAAUGCCGACACAAAUCGAAGAUAUCUGUUGGAUAAAACGCAGCAUCUGAUUGGCGGUUUUGGGAAAGGAGUUGACGAGUUUCCCGAUGUCCUACAUUCUUAUCUGGGGCUCGCAAGUCUAGGUUUGCUGGGUGAACCAGGCAUUGACCCGAUCGAUCCCGUUCUUUGUGCCAGUCAGCGAACGCGUCAACACCUUGAAUCUCUCUCAUGGUGGAAAGGGUCAACGUCAGUUUGAGGAAGGGUCAACGAUGCGCUGGAGAAAAGAAAAAAAAAAUUAUUAGGAAGUAUUAAUUGUCCAAUUCCUUGGCCAUCCUUGGCUAAUGGUGUUUUUCCCUUUCUGCGUCUCCAUUCAACCCAUUGUCCUGCUCUGGGUUGCGGUUGAAGAGAGGCCGCAUGAGAAUUUCAGCAAGAUU